AUGGGUCUUCCACUGUUUGUAGAGCCAGUUGCUUCGGAUCUGCCCAAUAAGCGACCCGCGAAAGCCUCGUCCUUGCGCGCGGACCCGGGACGAGUAUCUCGGUCAGAGAUUCGCGACCGCCGCGUUGGUACCCGACGCGCAGGCUCGCGUAUCUACGGCCCCCUGCAGAGGGAUCCUCCUCACAAUACCCGGGAGCGGGACCAGAACUCCGGCGUCGCGGCGGCGAAUGCGACCUCGGUAGACCGUCGAUCGGGAAGGUAUCGCCAGGCACUUCGAGAGAUGGCGGAAUACGAUGAGGAUCGCAGAGAACGUCUGGAAGAACACGUCAACAUGCUGUACAGCAACAGUUGGCAAGUCUCCGCGCAGGCUGCGGGCUCUGAAGACGAAAACAUGUCUGAAGGAGUGAGCCAUAGUCGGUGGUCUUUUGGGCCUCGCUCCUGGCGCACGCGACUGCAACGAUCCACACGCGUGUCGGAUCGACUUGACGCACCGUCCACAAUUCCGCCGGAAGUGUCGGCCCGAACCGCGCCGCAUCCUCGCGCUGCUGAUGCGCCAGCCAGCCAAUCUCGCGCUGCUGGCAGCCUCUCUGCAGCCCGGCAAACAAUGCCGGACAUACGGGGCGCCGUGGGACUUGACGGGCUGGGCGACAGGGAACGAAGCCUGAGCCCGGAAGGCUGGGACACGCUGUUGUCGACGUUGACGCCAGACCCUCAGCCGCCAAGCGCCGGAUCAUCCUUCGCCGCCGUGGCAGCGUCACAGACGGCCGGACCAUCAUCAGCAACGCCGACGACUGUUUCAGAGGCUGUGGAAGACGGCUUCGUUGACGCGCCGUGCGAAUCUGGCUGCGAGGGCUCGGAUAACGAGAUGGAAGACGCUGAUUACGGAAUCCCCGAGUUCCUGCGAAUUGUACGACGGCGGGCCGGGCGACUGGGCGAGGCGGACAGUCGUCGCGUGCCAGAGAACAACUUGAACCGCGUGGCGGACGAGCACGCACGAAGACCAAGAGCCUCCAACGAAAGCCGUUCAACGAGGCAAAUCAACACGCCGCACGGACAGCUGACAAUCUACGAGUCAACCAGGAGACUUGGGCCAUCGGGCGACCUGGCUCAUGCCCAAAGCACUUCCCAGCCCGGCGAGCACAGCAGAAGCUGGAACGGGCCUUUUGCAGCCCACGCCGCCUCUGGCGAGAGACAACACAGCCUCGACGGCGCGCUGCAGAGUCCAGAUGAGUCAUCUUCCGCCACGCAGGCCAACCCCAUGGCAGCAGAAGACGAUUGGUCAGGCAUGCAGCGCAUCGUACGAAGCCUCGCGAGGAGGGAGGACAUUCCAGAUGGAUGGCAUCCUGUUGGGGAGUUUAGCGAGCGAAGGGGGGAUCAAGUUCAGCCCAUGGGGGUGGGUAAAGGAUACAUUACGGCGACAUGGGAAUGGGAUGCUCUAGAUAACGGCUGUGUAACGGAGACGGCGAUUUUGCAUCUGGGGUUUUACCAUUUGAAGCAGGCAAAACGCUCAAUGCGUACCCGGUCGACCUCCGGAGAGAAGCCUCGACGAGAGUUUAAGAUUUGUCCAAGCACCGAGCAGUUUGAUCUCGAUGGAGUCUCGUCGACGUCGUGGGUACACGCAGUCGGUGGCUGGUUGCCGACCGAGAGACCGACCUCAUGUCCCCUUGGGCAACUCUACUCUGCGCUGACACAAUUCCGCUGCACAGAUUCUCGUAUAGUGUCCCAUGUUGUCUCGACAUCCAGAUGCGGUUAUCAACGUCCCCCCGUGUUGGCUUGUGGGCGAGCCCUGAGCGCCCUGGAGAUGGGGUUACAAUGUCUCAAAACAGCACCUUUGAUAACGUUGGUCUUUCUCAUGCACCCCCCUUCCCCUUAA